AUAUUGUUGAUUAUUCACAUUUCACAAUUCACAUCCACAACAAAGAAUAAAUAAUAAUUACCAAUUCAUUUAUUUUCAUGUUAAUGAAUCAUGAUUCUAUAUUAUUAAUAUCAGUGUUGAAUGUUUAUUAGACAGAGUUAAACAGACGGUCAGACGGCUCACUGGCUACUGUGGCAGUAUUCCUAUUCACUAUUCAGUGUGUAAACUUUCUGCAAAUUAAUUGUUAAAAAUUAACAAUUACUACGCAAGUUCAAACUCUAACGUGCAUGAGAAUAUUUUAAAUAUUUUUAUAAUGUUGAUAAUAACAAGCUAAGCUAAGAAAACAGUUUUAUAAUAGUGGGUGGACACUAAACAUCAAAAUGGACAAUGAACUUGUAGAUAUAUCAACUAGUUUAGGACUGCAAAUUGGUUAUGGAAUUGGUCAUAUACUAAAUGAUGUGUGUGCUAGUUUGUGGUUUACGUAUUUUUUAGUGUAUUUUCAUUUAGUGCUCGAGUUUACUUCUGCUCAAGCUGGAUAUUUAAUGUUAAUAGGUCAAAUUGUAGAUGCUCUGUUCACUCCUUUUAUUGGAUAUCAUUCUGAUCAUACAAACAACUAUUUAAGUGCGAGAUAUGGAAGAAGAAAGUUAUGGCACCUUUUUGGUACUUUGUGUGUGUUGGGUUCAUUCCCAUUCAUCUUCACACAAUGCAUUGGAUGUUCCACUACACACAAAUGGGCGCAGAUGUUUUAUUUUGCUGCCUUUAUUACGAUAUUUCAAAUAGGAUGGGCUGCAGUGCAGAUAUCACAUCUUAGCUUAAUCCCGGAGUUAGCAGAAGACCCUCAUGUAAGGACACACCUUACUGCGAUCAGAUAUGGAUUUACAGUAUUCUCCAAUUUAUUCGUCUACCUCUUCACAUGGAUUAUCCUGCACUUGACUGGAGAUUGUGAUAGGAAACAAGUGGGACCAGAAGAUGCAUGGAAGUUCAAAGAUAUAAUUUUAAUAGUUCUGGCAGUGGGCGCUCUAGCUUCUACUGUGUUCCACUUCACAGUCACUGAAAAACAACCCAGGAGCCAACUCCUUGCAUCUGAUAAUAAUGAAAGUAGCACUAUACAUUGUGAUAUACUACGCAAAGGGUUGUUGUAUCAGGUUGCAGGUGUAUACAUGAGCACGAGGCUUGUGGUGAACAUAUCCCAAGUUCUUAUACCACUAUACCUUCACCAUACUCUAGGGCUGGCGGCAAGGUCUCUGGCUGUAGUGCCUCUAGCCAUGUACAUCGGUAGUCUGGCAGCGGCCGGUGUACAGAGGCUAGCCCCAAGAACCUUUACGAGGAAGCUAAGCUACUUCAUGGGAUCUGCGUGUGCCAUGGCUGGAUUCGUAUGGAUAUUCUUUGCAUCUGAUGACACUUACAAAGUGUAUUUUAUCUACGUAGUUGCUGUGUUAAUAGGUUUCGGCGGCGCGCAGAUGUUGGUGACGAGCCUGUCUCUCACGGCUGACCUGGUCGGGGCCAGCACUGACGCCUCCGCCUUCGUCUACGGCUUGAUGAGCUUCACAGACAAGUUGUCUUGUGGAGCAGCCAUUGCUCUUAUACAGAUGUACGCGGACGAGGCGGCCGCGUCAUACUACCGGUACGCGCUGUCGUGGGUGUGCGGCGCCGCCACGCUGCUUGGCCUGGCGCUCACGCUCGCCUUGCCGAGCGUCACGCACGACUGUCUCAUCGUCAAUAGUAAUCCAUCCAUAAAUGAUGACGAAGUUGUGUCAACAAGUCGACUUCAUGAUACGUUAGAAAGUUAACUACAAUGUUAAAUUAUUUUUUAUUACAAAUAUACAUUCCAUAGUACUUAACCACUAAAGCACAUUGAACUAUCAAUAUGUAGUAGUAGGUAGUCAAAAUAUAUUAUGAAGAUGUUUUAUAGAUUGAAUUUUAUUAAAUAAAACCAUUAAUUAUAGUAAGAGAGUUAUCAACUGAGUCCCAAGGCUAUAAUUUGUUUAGUUUAUUUGUCUUAUGGUUUAACAACUCAGUGGAUAUCACUCCUAUUGUAAUUAAAAUUUGUUUUGUUUGUGCAAUAUAUUAGGUAAUUAUUGUAUUUAACACAGAAGCCAUUCAUUGAAAUAAUUACGGGCAGAACUGCCAACCUGAUGUGGUCAUUGGCAUUGCCAUUAGCUCUAGGGUCACUUUGCAUAAUCUAAAUAAUCUCUUACACAAUUUACCACUCAAGUCACUCUCCCCGCCUAUCCCAUAACACCCAUAAAAGAUCUUUAUCCAACAAAAGGUAUGGACGGAUCGAUCACCACAACAAAAAUGAGAUAAACUGCUUGAGUAGCCGCUUAUAUCACCAGCAAUCAGUCCCACACUGCUCCCCACCUAUCUCACAGAACACUUCGCAUUAUCUCAGUUCAUGACCAUGAGCCUACCAAUCAAAUAACUCAUUUGUUAGUAACACCGAUAAAUUCUUAAUUAUUUAAAUGUAUUAUCCUGUUGGCAGAUUUAAAUAUUUACUAAAUUUUCAUGUCACUGUACAAAGUUCUGAAUGAACUUUCGUGUAAUUCAUAUUAUACAUUUAUAAAAAGUUGCAUUAACUAAUAUAUUUUUAAACAGUACUGUAGUUUGAGCUUCAGACUUUACUAUAUCAAUAGUCAAAUAGAAACACCACAUUCAAUGUUUUCAUGUAUAGCUCUGAAAGUGACCAGCCAUUUUAGAUCUACAUAACAUGUUUGUCAAGUUAACAAUAAAAUUGUCCCAAUACUUCUAAAACUAAGCUCUUUUUUAGCUUAAUAAUUAAUGCUUUGGUGGCCUUAAAUUCUUGCCCUCUUAGGACAAUUUUAGUAACUGUUAGCAAUCUCAUGACAUUAUGUUAACAUUUUGCUCAAAUUAUAUUUUUGUGCUGUAGUAUAAUUAAGUUAGCACAUAUUGUCUUCCUUAUUGAGGUAGUAUUAUAAAAAAAAUUGGCCUCAAACAUAAUAAGUACUUUAAAGAUAAACUAUUUAUUAAAAGAUGUGAAAUAAAGAUUUAUAACUUUU